AUGGCUAAGAACGCCUAUCAUUGUCUGGUCCCUAGCUUACAAUCUCGUCAGCUUGGAAUCCUCUCUCCGCGGAAUUUCUCCAGGGACACUUCAGGUUCUUGUGGACUUGUGAAAAGACUCACACUACACGACAAACUUGUUCACCACGAUGGAUGUGUGAAUACACUACAUUUCAACAUGUCCGGGGACCUUCUAGCUUCUGGAAGUGAUGACUUAGAAAUCGUCAUAUGGGAUUGGGCUAAAGGCAAGAAAAAGAUAGCUUACCAAAGUGGACACUCGAGCAAUGUCUUUCAGGUGAAAUAAGCUGAGAAUUGCACACCGAGAAAAAUAAAAGAAACAUAAUUCUUAACGCUUGUUUACAUCAAUCUUGGAAAAUAUGUUGUCAUACUUAUGUGAGGCUUUCAGUUAAAUACUUUUUUUUUUGUAGGCCAAGUUUAUGCCAUACACUGGUGAUAGUACAAUAGUAAGCUGUGCUAGAGACGGGAAGGUAAAUUAAAAUUGCAUUUGCUCUUCAUUGUUAAGACAAUCAUCAUAUUAAUCCUACGUGUGAUUAUCAAAUGGAAUGAGUCAGCUGAUCAAUAUUCCUGCAUGCAUGCUUAUUUUGCUAAUCUUCCACUAAAACUGAUUACUGGCCUUUCUGGUUACCCUUACAAACUUUAGAUGGCACCUGAAACUCACAGGUAAGAUCAGGAGGCAAACUGGCCCAUGAAUUCUGCCAAUUAACUCAAUACUGAUGGUAUUUGUAUUUUACGGGUUUGCUUGUGACAAGUUACGUUUGGUCAAAGCUACUAAAUGACCAGUUUGGGUUGAAACAAUUAUUGCUGUUUCAGUAAGAUCUUAUGUAAGAACUGACCUUGGAAAUCUAUCUUAAAGUUUACAAUUUUUAACAGCUGUGAGAAAUAGCUAACAAAAUUCUAUGACUAUAUAAAUAUGGUGUCUCACAGAAAUCCUGAAAUAUCUGUUAGUUCUUAAGCAGCACUUGACCCUUUAACUCCCAAGAUCUAAUUGUUAAUUCUCCCCUCUAGCUGUUACACAUUUCCUUGUAAAUAAGCUGCAAGAAUUUGGUAUUAGAUCAAGAUAAUAAUUUCUAUUUGAGUGGCACUAUGCAAACAACCCCUUUUUCUUGCUGGUUUUUUUUUUCACUUUUUUUUAGUUGUAUUUAUUUGUGAAAUUAAGUGGGUAAGAGAUUUCUUCAUGCAUUUAAGAUUUUUAGUUUAUGAGUUGAAACAGUAUCUGUAUAUUAUGUUAUUGGUUAAUUUUAGGUACGCGUUGGUUUCCUCCAUUCCUCGAGUGAUGUUUGUAAGAAUACCAAAUGUCUUGCACAACACAAAGGAGCAGCACACAAGGUAGAGAAACUUUUUCACCAAUUUCAAUUCUUUUGUUUGUGUAAAUAUGUACUGUAAUAAGCCAGUGAGAACUCGUACAGGUGCAAAGUGGAGGCAAGUAGGCAAAAUGAAAAUGGCACUUGAUAUGUUUUGAGUGGAAGAAAAAUCGUCAAUGAAAUAUGAAGGAUGUGGAAGAGCAUAUUGAAAGAAAAACUGCAAAUCCUCUCACCCCCUUCUUCCUUUUCUCAAUUGAUAUUUGUUAUAGUGAAAGGAAGUUGUGUAAAGUUGAUAUAGUGACUCAAUUUGUGUUAUUACUAAAAGUUCCUUUCACUUAUUCUUAAGCAUUCUUAUUUUUUAAAAUUCCAGCUUUGCAUAGAGCCAGGAUCACCAUGUGAAUUUCUGACAUGUGGAGAGGAUGGAGUUAUUUUCCAUGCUGAUCUCCGAGAAGAUAAAGCUCACAAGUGAGAUAUUUAAGUUUAUGUAUAUCAAUUAAUUCUGUUUUAUACUUCCGAGUGGAAAAUGUUUGUCUUUUAAUUUACAAUUGAAAACAAUUCUUCUUCUCAGACUGUUUUGCUGUCGUGUUGAGGAGCACCGAAGAGUUCCUCUGUACACAAUCUUUAUCAAUCCUCUGAACAACUAUGAGUUUGCUGUGGGUGGCAGGGAUCAAUUUGCAAGGUGAACCAAUAUUGUUGCCAUGAAGGCAUUCCAAAAUUCCUUUUUCAAGAGAGGGUUGGGGAACCACUCUUGAUUGUCCAAAAAGACUCAUAAAUUAGUUGCUCCAAGGUAUAAUAAAUAGGUUGAAACAGAAUUUAUGGUGGAACUGGCUCAUGCGUUGACAGCCUUUCCUUGCUACCAUGGGUGUGUUUUAAAAGCCAUGCCUAUAUAUCAAGGUGGAGCUUAAGGGUAUUCUUUUCACAGGAGAGAUAAGUGGAAAGAAGAACUGUUCAGGGUUUUCAAGAAAUAUUUUAGCAGACUGAAUAAACACAGUCUUAUCUGUACUGAAGGGUCACCUGCAGGAAUGGGAGGGGGGGGGUCACUUAAUUUAUGCUGUAUUUGACCACUAAAUGUAAUAACAUUCGCUCAAAAAUACUAUUAACAUUGAGUUUCAGAGAAAAACAUGAAUCAAUCUUUACUUGAAAGGUUAUUCAAAUUUUGCUUUAGUGGGUCUGAUUUAUAUGACCAUUCAAUACAGGUGGGGGAAAAUACAAACAGGCCAUAAAGACUCACUCAAAGGUUAUCACUCAAUAGAGGUGAAAAUUACAGUGGCUGAGAGGAAACAAAUUCGGGUUUUUGACAACCAUUGGCUUAAUACAGGGUGAUCACUUAAUACAGUGCUGCUUAAUACAGAUUUGACUGUAUAGCUUAUGCAAUUGAAAUCUAGCCAGAGCAUUCUCUAAUGCCUGACAAACUCCCUGACUGCCAUGUCAUCUUGAGAACAUAGUCUUAUGAGAGAUUUUAACCAACAUUCACAGCACUAUUAAAACCUUGAAUAUUUUAAAUGUCCUUACUAUUUUUUUGAUUGCAUUUGCAGAAUUUAUGACAGAAGAAAACUCCCAGAUGUAAGGAAAUGUAAAUUAUAUUUCUGGUUGUCAUGAAAAUAUUAACCAAUUAUUCUUGGCUUAGGACAUUUACUUUUUUAAUGUUUGUUUUGAACAGGACAGUAAAGCUUCAGUGGAGCCUGUGAAACAAUACUGUCCCCAUCAUCUGGUAAGUAGUCAAAUUAAGCAUAAAGAACUUGUUGGCAUUCAGAGAACUUACAGGUAGAACUGUUGUAUAUGUCUGCUUUGUCAUCAAAAGGUCAUAAAUCAUUUUUCUCCUUAGAUGGGAAGUAAUGACAUCUUUGCCAACAUCACUUGCUUGGUUUAUUCAUAUGAUGGGACAGGUUUGUUCCUGCUGUUGUUGUUAUUUGUGAGCACAUAAUUAUGAAUGAUAUAGUUGUUCAUGUUAUCAGAUGUUUAUUGGAAGCAUGACUGAUUGUUUUUCAUCUUGCUGCAGAACUGCUUGUUAGUUACAAUGAUGAGAACAUUUACCUGUUUGAUUCAUACUCAAGGUACGACAUUAUUUAUUUUAUAUGUGAUUUCUCCAGUAAAAGAUUUUAUUUAUUUGAUUUGAAUUUUUGCAGUUAACAAGUUCUUGAGCUGUAUUAUGUUAAUUGGAAAUGUUAUGUGUGCUGUAACCACAGCUGAGGUCGCAAAGUCUUUUUUUCAGUUUUAUUCUCUUUUUUUGUUUCCAUAGUUCUGAAGCAGAAUACAUUAAAACUUACAAAGGGCACAGAAACAAUGCUACAGGUAUCAGAUGAUCGACCAUACUCAACAGUUAGAUCAAUCAACUAUCAUAGAAAGUAAAAGCAAUAAAUAUAUCAGUCAUUAAAACUUGACAACAAGCCCAUGUUUUUAUUUCUUGUUGUUUAUAAGUGCACACUGCAGGACUAUUCCCUCUCUUAACAGAUGGCAUGUUGGCUAGCCAAUCAGUUUGCAGUAAAUGUGAUGGAAUGCCAGGAGAUAAAUAGUUAAACUGAUAGAAACAACAACUUUCCAUGAUGACUGUCAUCUCUCUAGAUUCAAAGAAGAAGUUUUUGUGUUCUUUCUAGGUGUGAUACUCUUCUUUCCUUUUUUAUUUUUAGUUAAGGGGGUAAACUUUUAUGGUCCACAAAGUGAGUACAUUGUUAGUGGAAGUGACUGUGGCCACAUUUUCCUGUGGGACAAAGAAACUGAGGAAGUGGUACAAUUCCUUGAGGGAGAUAACACUGGUGUGGUAAGGGGUUUAACAACUUCUAGAUAAGACAAUGUAGACUGCACAUGCAAGUCAGGAAAGUAAAUUGAUAUAUGGUGACAGAUCUUAAAAUUCUAUUUGAUUUUUUUGUUCAGUGUAUGAAACCAAACUAUGAUUCAAGUCACUUUUUACAGGUGAACUGUUUAGAGCCACAUCCUUUUGCUCCAAUUCUGGCUACAAGUGGCCUUGACCAUGAUGUUAAGAUUUGGCUGCCAACAGCAGAAGAACCAACAAGCUUAGAUGGACUAAAGAAUGUGAGUAGCAUCAUAGUCAAUCAUAGCUUUGCAGCUUCUAUUUUAACCUGACCAAUAAAAUUUAUUAACUUAUGAUUUGUUAUCCUAGGUGAUUAAGGAAAAUGACAAAGACAGAGAAGAAGAAAGACUUCGGCCUCAUGAUCCAAUCAGUGAACACCUUUUAUGGCUUAUGAUGCAUCACAUCAGAAGAAGCCAGGUCUGUACCUUUUGUAUUUCUGUUAACCCACAAACAAUUUUUGAAGAAAAAAUACACUGAACAUAUUAGUAGUGUGUUAAGAAAAAAAUCCACAGGUCCUCUUCUAAUACUCCCUUAAAAAAUUUUCCUUUACAGACCUGCUUUGUAAAUCUUUGAAAAUUAUUGUGGAGAUCCAUUCUUUCCAGAACAUUGCCAUUAGAUUUUCUUCUAGGGCAUAGAUUCCCAGCAGCUAUUGCCCUCACAGAUCCUCACACAAAGAAUACACAAACCAGUCAUGUGGAUGGUUGAUAUUUAUUUUCUUUGCCUUUCCCUUAAAGAAUCGAGGUGAAGGUGGGGAGCAAGGCAGUGAUAGUGAGACUGCUAGUGAUGAUGAUGACGAUGAUGAAGAUGGUGAAUUGGGGAACCGAGUGCAGUGCAGUCCGUCAUGAAUGGACAUUUUAUAAUACAUCAGAUAUGUAGUAAAAUAUAAAUAUGGACAAAGAAAAAUUUGUGUUAAGUCUAGGCUUGUCUUGUGUAGAAAUGUGAAUGUGUUAGUGUAGAAUAAAUGCUUUUCAUUCGUGUAAAAUGUUGAUGUGUCAUGUAAGGUAUGCCAAAUAACAUUACAUCAUCUGAUCACUUUUCUUUAAAAGGUUUUGAAGAGUUUUGGUUCUAAAAUCAGUUCUGUUUGUUCUAAGUUUGUGAAUAUGUGUACUGGUUUCAAAGAGAUUGUUUGUGAAUGGUUUCAAAAGGAUUGCCCUUUUUUCUUCUUUUUUUUCUUAUUCUGAAUGUUCCACCAACCAAACUAUGUAUAAGGUGCAAAGCCUUUCAACCAACUGAUUUAACUCUCUACAAAGAGUAUAUUUUUUGUUACAUGUGAACAUCCAUACAAUUUUGCAGACAUAAAAGUAACUAAGUAUUAAUAAAGGUAGACAUGCCUAUUACUUGGUAACUAUUUUUAAAAUUUGAAGAACCACUUUCAAUUUUUUUGGACAAUUUUUUGUUUCAAUUUAUUGUAAUUAUUCAUCAGAAGUCAGGAGUUCAUUGGCAGAAGUCUGUGAGAUGUCCAAGAAAUACCUUUCAGUGGUAGUCUUUACACUUAGCAGACAAAAUUAAUCCCAAUGUUCAUAUACUACCUGAACUGUUUUUGUUCCAGUGGGUUUUUUUUCUAUAACUAUUUAUUAAUUUGUUUUUUGUUAAAUUGCUCACCAAUCAGUUCAGUGUUACUCAGUUGGUAGAUCAUCUGAAUGUGAAAUCAGAAUGUUGGUGCAUAAUUUUUUCUUAGGCCAGCUCUCAUUACAAAUGUUUGAAGUGUUUCUUCUUUCUUUAGAACUACAUUUCACUUUAAAUUUGAAAUGUAAUCACAUUUUGGUGCACUAUUCUUGUUAACAUGGCAAUGGUUGAUGAGGAAAUUCUAACUAAUUAUGGUCAACAAAGUGUUCAAACAUGUCUUGUUACAAAUUUAAAGUGGUUGUCCAGUUUGUAAAAAGACAUCUAAGCAACAAAUCAGUUCUUCGUUCAGAGUAUAAACUUGAAGCUGACUUGUCAAUCCAGCUUUAUCCACAGCCUGAGAAAGGACUAACCAUAAGUUGAAUUUUUUCAGGAAAAAUGAAAAUCCAGGUUUUGUACUUACCUCAGGUAUGAUUAACAAUUGAACGUCGGUGUUUUUGUCAGUACUAACCAGCCCAAAUUUCUUUCUUUAAAAACUUUGUUUAGCUUGAUGGUAAACCUUUGUAUAUUGAAGAUUUCUUGGAUGCAAAUCAUGUUGAUUGUUUUCAAAAUUUGCAUCAAGUUUGUAGAAACAUGUUGUAGCAUAAAUUAAGUGCCCAGCACUGAAAGUAAAAUUAAAUAUUAAGAGGGUGCU